AUGGACGCGGUCUUCUCCUCCUCUCAAGCUUUGUUGAAUGCUCAUAGUGGCAUUACUAACCAUGUUGGAUUCAUUUGGCAACAAACUAGAACUCCUUUGGUUGUACAAUUUCUAAGAAUAAUUUUAUAUGUUUGUUUGGCCUUAUCAUUUAUGUUAUUUGUUGAGAGACUUUACAUGGGGAUUAUCAUAGCUUUUGUAAAAUUGUUUAGAAGAAAACCAGAGAAGAAGUACAAGUGGGAGCCACUUAAAGGUGAUUUGGAAUUAGGAAAUUAUUCAUAUCCUAUGGUUUUAGUGCAAAUACCAAUGUGCAAUGAAAAAGAGGUGUAUCAAUUGUCCAUUGGAGCAGCUUGUAACCUUUCAUGGCCAGCCAAUAGAAUUUUCAUCCAAGUUCUUGAUGAUUCUACUGACCCUACAAUUAAGGUGUUGGUGGAGGAAGAGUGCAGGAGAUGGGCAAGCAAAGGAGUUAACAUUAAGUAUGAGAUAAGAGGUAACAGGAAAGGGUACAAAGCUGGGGCUCUUAGAGAAGGAAUGAAGCAUAGUUAUGUGAAGCUUUGUAGUCAUGUAGCCAUCUUUGAUGCUGAUUUUCAACCCGAGCCCGAUUUCUUGGAGCGUAGCAUCCCGUUUCUGGUGCACAAUCCUGAAAUCGGACUCGUUCAAGCUCGUUGGGAAUUUGUGAAUGCUGAUGAGUGUUUGAUGACAAAAAUGCAAGAAAUGUCAUUUGGUUACCAUUUCACAGUGGAGCAAGAAGUUGGAUCUACAGCUCAUGCAUUUUUUGGCUUCAAUGGCACUGCUGGAGUUUGGAGAAUGUCAGCUCUUAAUGAGGCAGGGGGAUGGAAAGACAGAACAACUGUGGAAGACAUGGAUCUAGCAGUACGAGCCGGUUUAAAUGGCUGGAAAUUCGUCUAUGUUGAUGACCUUAAGGUGAAAAGUGAAUUGCCAAGCACGUUUAGGGCCUAUCGCAAUCAGCAACAUAGAUGGUCUUGUGGACCUGCUAAUCUUUUCAGAAAAAUGGCAAUGGAAAUUGCAACUAACAAGAAAGUUUCUGUAUGGAAGAAAUUUUACCUGAUUUACAGCUUCUUCUUUGUACGAAAGAUCAUAGCACACGUCGUGACAUUCAUCUUAUAUUGUGUUGUUAUUCCUGCAACGAUUUUCAUCCCUGAAGUUCAAGUACCUCGAUGGGGAACGAUAUACAUUCCUACAGCUAUCACUGUUCUCAAUAUACUUGGCUCCGCAAGAUCAAUGCAACUAGUGGUAUAUUGGAUCCUGUUUGAGAAUGUAAUGUCCCUUCAUCGGACAAAGGCAACGUUCAUUGGUCUUUUUGAAUCGGAGAGAGUGAAUGAAUGGAUAGUGACAGAGAAACUCGGAGAUGCUCUUAAGACCAAAAAGGGCUCAAAAGCACUGAAGAGACUUCAGUUUCGAGUUGGAGAGAGGGUACAUGUUCUUGAGCUUUUCGUUGGGUUGUACCUGCUGUUUUGUGGGUGGUACGACUACUCGUUUGGAAGGAACAAGUUCUAUGUAUACCUCUUACUCCAAGCUAUGGCGUUUUUCGUUGUUGGUUUUGGUUAUGUUGGUGUUUUUGUUCCAAAUUCUUGA